AUGGCGGACGGCCAGCAGAUGCAGGAGCAGCACGCUCCAGGCGGCUUCUACUCCGGCAAGAACAAAAUCCCUACAGUCGGCCAGUUCAUCGACCGUCUCGACAGGGACAAGAAGGACCGCGAUGCACAGAUCGAGCAGCAGCGCAAACAGGGCGCCGUCAAUGGCACAGAAGCCGUGUCACACCAGAACCAGCAGAGAUCAGACCCCAGCAAGCAGAAGACCGUCACAGACCCGACGACCGGCAAGCAGGUCGUGAUAGAGGACGUCAACGACGACUAUGUCAAGCGUGCCAAGGACCCCAUGCUCUCGGUGCCCAAUGCCAACCUGGGCAAGGACACUCCGGUGCAGACAACAGCCUCCCAGAGCGGCGCAGAAUACAAGGAAGCACAGGACGUCACAGCGCCGCCGGAUCCAGUCGCGGCGGGCUCGACCAGCGAUGUGCCCAUCCACGGCGAGAAGACCAACAUCCUCUUCCAUCCGACACCCUCGGUGAGCUAUGAGCCCACUUUUGCGCGUCUGGAAGAGCGCGGACUAUGGCUGGUCGCGGGCCUGUUCUUCGGUAUCAUCAUUCUGGGUAGGGCUUUCGGCGGUCGAUACUUUGGCAUGAUCCCACUUGCGGCGUGUGUCGCCAGCGGUGUCUGGUUGUGGAUCAAAGAGAUCGUUCGGUCUGGCAGAGAGGUCGAAUGGUCGUCGGAGAAAGAGCGUGGGCAGAUGGCAACAGCCAAUCUCCUUCCCGAGAGUGUGGAGUGGAUGAAUACAUUACUUGGCAUCGUCUGGGGGCUAGUCAACCCGGACAUGUUCCAAGCUGUUGCGGACACCUUGGAGGACGUUAUGCAAGCUUCUGUGCCAGGCAUCAUCGAGAACGUUCGUGUUGCCGAGAUCGACCAAGGCAGCAACCCAAUCCGCAUCCUCAGCUUACGGGCACUGCCCGAUGAUCACGUCAAGGAUCUUAAGAAAUCGAUCCACGAAGAGAACAAAAAGUCCAAGGACCCACAAGAGGCCGCGGCAGAUGAAGAAGGAGGAGACUACUACAAUCUGGAAAUCAGUUUCGCCUACCAUGCUGAGCCCAGCGGAAAGAGGGCUAGCGAGAAGGCUCGCAACAUGCACAUGCAGCUGGUCUUCUACUUGGGCAUCAAGGGUUUGUUCGGCGUACCACUGCCGAUUUUUGUCGAGCUGCAAGAGUUGGUUGGAACCGUUCGACUAAGGCUUUCGAUGACCCCUGAGCCACCGUUCCUCAAGACACUCACAUUCACGCUCAUGGGCGUGCCACAGGUCAGCGCUGGCUGCGUACCAAUGAUACAAACUGGUGUCAACCUUCUGAAUCUGCCACUUAUCAGCCAGUUUGUAAACUACGCAAUCGGAGCUGCAGCAUCAAUGUACGUUGCACCGAAGUCCAUGUCCCUCGACAUGCGCGCAAUGUUGCAGGGCGACGACAUCACCAAGGAUACUCAGGCAUUGGGCGUGCUAUGGAUUCGCAUCCACAAGGCUGUCGACCUCAGCAAGCAGGACAAGCGAGGCUCGAAGUGGGGCGGAAGCGAUCCGUACAUCACUCUCACCUUCUCAAAGUACGGCAAGCCGAUGUACUGCACCCGAGUGAUCACUGACGACCUCAAUCCAAUCUGGGAAGAGACGACGGCACUUCUUGUCACACCAGAGUUGAUCAAAGCUGACGAGAACCUGAGUGUGGAGUUGUGGGACAGUGAUCGUCACUCUGCUGAUGAUAUCGUUGGCAAAGUCGAGCUCAGUAUGCAAAAGAUGAUUCAGCACCCGGGCAAGAUGUAUCCGCAGGUCUCCAAGCUCGCCGGCAUGGACGAAGGCUCCGAGAUGCCAGGCGAGCUACAUUGGGAGGUCGGCUACUUCGGAAAGCCUCAGUUCCGCCCAGCGUUGCGCACAGAUGGCAAGAACAAGGUUCUGCCAGAUGCCCUGAAGGAUAAGCCCGAGCUGCAAGACGAGAAGGGCGUUCAGAACACUGCACAGGACGACGCUGUCCAGCACACUCCGCCAGAUCCUCUCUGGCCCAGCGGUAUAUGCUCCGUCAUAGUCCACCAGAUCGUCAACCUGGAGCUCGAGAACAUCAAAGGCACGGAAGGCAGCAAGAAGGGGCGAGAGUACGAGCCGGCUAAGCCGUUCGGUGAACAGACUGAUGAAGAAGGUGGAGAUUUGCCAACAUCUUACUGCACGAUUCUUUUCAACGACGAGCUUGUCUACCGAACGCGAGCAAAAGCCGUAAGCAGCAAGCCUAUUUUCAACGCCGGAACAGAGCGCUUUGUACGCGACUGGCGCAAUGCUAUCAUCACUGUCACUGUCCGUGAUUCACGCAAUCGCCAGCAUGACCCAAUCUUAGGAGUCGUCCCACUGAAGCUAUCCGAUAUACUGGAGACGAGCAGCCAAGUGACGCGUUGGUAUCCCUUGGAUGGAGGUGUCGGCUUUGGCAGGAUCCGGAUCUCACUGCUGUUCCGCUCGAUAGAGACACGCCUGCCACCGCAGCAACUUGGAUGGGAUGUCGGAACGUUCAUCUUCACGUCCCAGCGAAUGAUUGCGGAAGGCUAUGGCCACCACGCGAAGAUCAAGCUACGUACGGGCGGCUCCUCUGGUAAGAUCAGUAGGACUGCUUGUCAUGCGCUCAGCAAGGAAGGCUCUGAUAAGCCCGGAUACUAUUGGAAUUUACAAGCCAGCUCUCAGAAGGACGACGGCAAGCCCAUCCGACUUCCGGUCAAAUAUCGCUACCGCUCUCCAGUUGUGUUCGAGUUGCACAUUGCCAACAAACGCAAGGCAGAUGCUUACGCCGUUCUAUGGCUGCACGAACUUAUCGACAACGAAGACCGAACCUUCGACAUCCCCAUCUACCAGACCGGUGCGCCUCAGCGCCUCACUCAGAACUACAUCACGGAAGAGCUACUUCGUGAGCGACAUGGCGAACUCAAAGGUUUGGACGACCUCAAAGAGAUCGGAAGGCUGCAAUUUCAAGGACGAUUCAAGGCUGGUAUGGACGAGAGCCACGAGGCGUUUGUUGCCGACAACAACUCUCGUGAGACAUUUGAGACUUGGGAGGCUUGCUUGGCAGAGGGUGUGCGUUCAAGGGUCGUUGAGAAGGAAGUGCCCGAGCGCGUCCAGACUCUUCACGACGAGAGCCUGACAGCAGGGCGUGACACACUGAAAGAGGCCUCUGAAGAAGAGAAGCAGAAGUGGCUUUCCAAGAGUGGUACAGACUGGAGCGGCGCUUUUGGCGACGAUCCCGCGAAGUACGUCGAUUCGCACGGCAAGAAGCGACGCGAGCCAGGACGUGACUCUCCUCUGCAACCUGGAGAGGAUCCAGAUAACGAUGGCUACAACGCCGAGGAAGAUGAUCCUUCGGAUGACGAUAGUGAUCUCGGCAUCCAGGAUGCUAACAACAUGUCACCCAGCUCUGAUCGUAAGUCGAUUGGAACGAUGGAGUCGGGCUGGACCCAAGGCACAACUGCCAGCUAUGCUACCGACCAGUCAGAGAAAGACGUCAAUCGCCAGAACAAGAAGACCGAAGAGCGGAAGCAGCGUGGUCUCAUGCAAUGGAAGCCCGCCAGAAACCUGAAGUUUGCGAAAGACGAAGGAGUAAUAGGACUACGCAAACUGAAGGGUAAGAUAACCGGCGGUCUCGACGGUAGACAGCCUGGUGUGGAAACCGAGACUGGCCAGUAA